AUGGCUCUGACUGUGUGUGUGAGACACCUAACAGGGCUGCCUGGCAUCCACGACCGGCAAGUGAGGCUCUGCUUUCGUGGCUUUACUCAGAAAACAAGGAAGAUCCACUGUGGUCGAGAAGCAGACGUUGGUGAGCUGUUCCGCUGGCCCCACUAUGGGUCCCCACUGGCUGGAGAGAGUCUCUUUGUUGAGGUGGUCAACUGUAGCCGCGUGUUCAGCCCCAGGCCGCUGGGGACCCUGGAGAUUUCCCUGCAGCAGCUGCAGGGUGCCGGCCAUUUGGUGCUGCGGGAAGCUCUGGUGGACGAGAGACUCCGCGUGUCCUCGAUCCAGGUGGAGCUUGACCUAAAGUAUCAGCCCCCUGACGGAGCUGCUGGAACCUGGGCAGAGGAGGACUUUGGGACACCCAUUCGAGACAGCUCAGAGUUGAUUAUCCCCAAUGUGGGCUUCCAGGAGAUGGAGCCCGAUGAGGCCCGGCUGGAGCGUCGGACAGUGGCUCUGGGCCGAAGGCUAGCUCGAAGCCUGGGAGCACGGGAUGAUGAAGAGAGCGAACUGGAGCUGGAGCUGGGGCUGGAGGACGAGCCCGACGUGGAGAUUUCUGGGGUGGUGUUCAGCCCCCUCAAAAGCCGUGCCCUGGGCCUGCCCCGGGGGGACCCCUUCGAGGUGUGCAAGGCCCAGGACUUCCAGGUGGGAGUCACAGUGCUUGAGGCCCAGAAGCUGGUGGGAGUCAAUAUCAGCCCCUACGUGGCUGUGCGUGUAGGGGAUCAGCGCCGAGUGACAGCAACGCAGCGUGGAACCAAUUGCCCCUUCUACAAUGAGUACUUCUUGUUCGAAUUUCACGAGACUCGGCUCCACCUCCAAGACUUGCUGCUGGAGAUCACUGCUUUCCACUCGCAGACGCUCCCAUUCAUGGCUACCAGGAUAGGCACCUUCAGGAUGGACCUGGGCAUGGCCUUAGACCAGCCAGAUGGCCACUUCCAUCAAAAAUGGGCUCCUCUACACGAUCCCCGCGACACCCGCGCCGGGACUAAGGGCUUCGUCAAGAUCACCCUGUCCGUGAGGGCGCGUGGGGACCUGCCCCUUCCGCUGCCGCCCCCGUGCCCAGGGACCGGUUCGGACAUAGAGAAGAAUCUCCUCCUGCCCCGCGGGGUGCGGGCCGAGAGGCCCUGGGCACGCCUGCGCGUGCGCGUGUACCGCGCCGAGGGGCUCCCCGCGGUGCGAACCGGGCUCCUGGGCAGUCUGGCCCGCGCCCUUCACGACCAGCACGUCCUCCUGGACCCCUACGUGCGGGUGAGCUUCCUCGGGCAGCAGGGUGAGACUUCUGUGCGCGGAGAGGAGGCAGCUCCCGAGUGGAACGAGCAGCUGAGCUUCGUGGAGCUCUUCCCGCCGCUCACGCGGGCCCUUCGCCUGCAGCUGCGAGACGACGCGCCGCUCACGGACGUGGCGGUCGCCACGCUCGUCCUGGACCUGAGGCAGAUCUCCAACUCGGGUCGUGCGGCGGGGUUUCACCCCACUUUUGGUCCGGCCUGGAUGCCCCUCUAUGGCUCGCUCCCCAGUGACAGGCUUCGGGAUGGUCUUCAGAGUCUCAACGAAGGCCUUGGGGAAGGCAUUUGGUUCCGGGGCCGACUUCUGGUAGCCGUGUCCACGGAGGUGUUCGAAGGCAGAGUUGACCCUAAGUCUCCCCAGACCACGCAGGGGUCCGGAUUGUCACGGCUCACUGGAAAGAAGAAAAAGAAGAACAGGCAGGGUCAGCCCACAGGGGCUGUUCUGCAGCCUGUGGAUGCCGGAGCCAGUGGGGUUGCACCAGAGAUGCCCAGCGCAAUGGACGUGGAGGUGGAGGAGCUGCUGCCUCUGCCAGAGAACGCCCUGGCACCCUGCGAAGAUUUCCUGCUUUUUGGGGUGCUCUUUGAGGCCACCAUGAUUGACCCUUCACUGGCCAAAAAGCCCAUCAGCUUGGAGAUUUCCAUUGGUCGUGCAGGCCGCCGGGAGGAGCAGUUGGGCGGAGGGUCAAGGGCUGACGGGGGACCGGAGGGCAGCACGCUGGAAGCACAGCCUCUCCUGGCCUCUGAGGACAGAGGGUCGGGGCAGGAGGAGGAGGAGUUGCUGGGGACACCUGCUCAGUGGCCUGAGCCUGUGGAUGGCAGUGGGCCAUACCUCUGCUUGCCUCUGCGCCACCAAAAGCCCUGUCUACAUGUGUGGAGCCGCUGGGAGGAUUACACUUGGCGCCUUUAUAGCAGCAACAGUGUGUGCAAAGUAGCCGAGAGGCUGGACCAGGGCCUGCGGGAGGUUGAGAAGAUGCAGCGCAGGUCGGGGCUGGGUGCCUGCACACAACUCAAGCAGACUCUGGAGGAGCUGGUGGCUGGGAGCAGACAGUUCUGCCAGGGUGCUGAGCGCAGGGUGAUGACUCGACCCAACGCCCUGGACCGAUGCCGAGGGAAGCUCCUGACACACAGCCUGAACCUGAUGGCAAAGCAAGGGUUGCAGCUUUUGCGAGGCCUGAGGCAGAACACUCUGCAGAGGAAGGUGGUGCUGGCCAAGAAGCUCCUGGCAAAACUGCGCUUCCUGUCUCGGGAGCCACAGCCACCCCUCCCGGACGUGCUGGUCUGGAUGUUCAGCGGCCAGCGCCGAGUGGCCUAUGCCCGCAUCCCUGCGCAGGACGUGCUGUUCUCCGUGGUUGAGGAGGAACGAGGCCGAGACUGCGGGAGGAUCCAGACUCUGCUGCUCACAGCACCCGGGGCAGCCCCUGGGGAGGUCUGUGCCAAGCUGGAGCUCUUCCUGUGGCUGGGGCUGGGCAAGCAAGCCAAGGCCUGCACCUCUGAGCUGCCCCCGGAUCUUCUGCCUGAGCCGUCGGCUGGGCUGCCCCACAGCCUACACCGGGAUGACUUUAGCUACUUCCAGCUGCGGGCUCACCUGUACCAGGCCCGAGGCGUGUUGGCAGCAGAUGACAGUGGCCUCUCGGACCCCUUUGCACAUGUCCUCAUCUCUACCCAGUGCCGGACCACACGGGUCUUGGAGCAGACACUGAGCCCCUUGUGGGAUGAACUCUUGGUGUUCGACCAGCUGAUUGUGGAUGGCAGGCGAGAACACCUGCGGGAGGAGCCUCCCCUAGUGGCCAUUAAUGUCUUUGAUCACAAUAAGUUUGGCCCUGCUGUGUUCCUGGGCAGGGCAUUUGCAGCCCCAAGAGUAAAGCUGAUAGAGGACCCAUAUCAGCGCCCUGAGCUGCAGUUCUUCCCCCUGAGGAAGGGACCACAGGGCGCUGGAGAAGUCAUUGCCACCUUUGAACUGAUUGAACUGGACUACAGUGGCCGCCUUGAGCCCUCAGUGCCUAGUGAUGUGGAGCCCCAGGAUCUGGCUUCCCUGGUUGAGCCUGUCUCUGGACACCUGUCCCUGCCUCCUAGUGUGCGCCCUGUGCUCAGGGAGUUCCGUGUUGAGGUGCUGUUCUGGGGUCUUCGAGGCCUGGGUCGUGUCCACCUGUUUGAGGUGGAAAAGCCCCAGGUUGUUCUGGAAGUGGCUGGCAGACGUGUGGAGUCUGAAGUUCUGGCCAGCUACCGAGAGAAUCCUAACUUUACAGAGCUUGUCCAGCAUGUGACAGUGGACUUGCCAGAACAGCCCUAUCUACAGCCCCCACUGAGCAUCCUGGUGAUUGAGCGCCGGGCCUUUGGCCGAACUGUCCUUGUGGGUUCCCAUACUGUCCACCACAUGCUCAGAUUCACACUCCAGAGCCAUGAGGAUCCCCCUGAGGAAGAGGAAACAGAGGAGGAGACAGACCUGGUGCCAAAGGGGCCUCAAGGAGAGAAGUCUCUGGACCCUGUCAUGGCUGAAGCAGGAAUAUCCCACCGGCUUCUGAAGGCCCCUCUAAAGAAGCUCACCUUAGGGCUCCUGGGCCAAGGCCCUGAGCUGGAGGAGGACAUCCCAGAGCCGGAAGAGAUGGACUGGUGGUCCAAGUACUAUGCCUCACUGCAGGAGCUCCAGGGGCAGCCCAGCUUCAACGAGGAUGAUAUGGAAGACGCUGGGGAUCCAGAUGGGACCCACCUCAGUUCUACGGACAGGGAGGUUCCGGAGCAGGGGGAGACUGACAUCAAAGGCCCUGUGCCUCGGAAAAAAGCAAUUGCCACCCUGAAGAUCUACAACGGCUCCCUGGAGGAUGAGUUUAACCACUUUGAAGACUGGUUGAGUGUGUUCCCCCUGCACAGAGGGCAGGGCGGCCAGGAUGGAGAUGGACAGGAAGCUUCUGGACACUUCGUGGGCAAGUUCAAGGGGUCCUUCCUCAUUUACCCUGAGUCAGAGGCUGCAUCCUUCUCUGAACCUCAGAUCUCCAGGGGGAUCCCCCAGAACCGGCCCAUCAAGCUUCUGGUCAGAGUGUAUAUAGUGAAGGCUACCAACCUGGCUCCUGCGGACCCCAAUGGCAAGGCAGACCCGUACGUGGUGGUGAGCGCUGGCAAGGAGCAGCGGGACACUAAAGAACGCUACAUCCCCAAGCAGCUCAACCCCGUCUUUGGAGAGGUCCUGGAGCUGAGUGUGUCUCUCCCGGCUGAGCCAGAGCUGACUGUGGCAGUAUUCGACCAUGACCUUGUGGGUUCAGAUGACCUCAUUGGGGAGACCCACAUUGACCUGGAAAACCGAUUCUACAGCCACCACAGAGCCAACUGUGGGCUGGCCUCCCAGUAUGACGUGCAUGGGUACAAUGCCUGGCGCGACGCUUUCCGGCCCUCACAGAUCCUGGCGGGGCUGUGCCAGCGCCGUGGCCUUCCUGUCCCUGAAUACCGAGUUGGGGCUGUCAAGGUGGGCAGCAGAGUCUUUUUGACACCGACUGAGGCCCUGCCUUCAGAUGGCAGGGAUCCCACGGUGACAUGUGAGGCUUCGGAAGAGGCCCAAGCAUUGCUUGUGCUGCGGCGUUGGCAGGAGAUGCCAGGAUUUGGGAUCCAGCUGGUACCUGAGCACGUGGAAAUUCGGCCCCUGUACCACCCCCGCAGUCCAGGGCUGCUGCAGGGAUCCCUUCAUAUGUGGAUUGACAUCUUCCCCAGUGAUGUGCCUGCCCCACCCCCCGUGGACAUCAAACCUCGGCAGCCGAUCAGCUACGAGCUCAGAGUUGUCAUCUGGAACACGGACGAUGUGGUUCUGGAUGACGUGAAUCCACUCACUGGGGAGAUGUCAAGUGACAUCUAUGUGAAAAGCUGGGUAAAGGGGCUGGAGCAUGACAGACAGGAGACAGAUGUCCACUUCAACUCCUUGACCGGCGAGGGCAACUUCAACUGGCGCUUCGUGUUCCGCUUUGACUACCUGCCCACGGAGCGGGAGGUGAGCGUCCGGCGCAAGCCUGGACCCUUCGCCCUGGAGGAAGCAGAGUUCCGGCAGCCCGCUGUGCUGGUCCUGCAGGUCUGGGACUACGACCGAAUCUCUGCCAACGACUUUCUUGGAUCCCUGGAGCUGCAGCUACCCGACAUGGUGAGGGGGGCCCGGGGCCCGGAGCACUGUUCUGUUCAGCUAGCCCUCGAUGGGGCAGGGCCAAGGUGCAAUCUAUUUCGCUGCCAUCGAUUGCGGGGCUGGUGGCCGGUGGUGAAGAUAAGGGAAGUGGACGAUGUGGAGCGGGAGGCCAGAGAGGCUCAGGCUGGCAAGAAACGGAAGAGGAGGAGGAGAAAGGGACGGCUGGAGGACUGGGAGUUCACAGACGCUGGCGGCAACGUCUACAUCCUCACGGGAAAAGUUGAGGCAGAGUUUGAACUGCUGACUGUGGAGGAGGCAGAGAAGCGGCCAGUUGGGAAGGGGCGAAAGGAGCCAGAGCCUUUGGAGAAACCCAACCGCCCCAAAACCUCCUUCAACUGGUUUGUGAACCCCCUGAAGACCUUUGUCUUCUUCAUCUGGCGCCGGUACUGGCGCAUCCUGCUGCUGCUGCUGCUGCUGGCUCUCAUCACCAUCUUCCUCCUCCUCGUCUUGUACACCAUCCCUGGACAGAUCAGCGAGGUCAUCUUUAACCCCAUCCACAAACACUAA